GCAAAUAAACAACCCCCUCAAAUACCGACCCAUUGGAUAGCAGAACAGAAAGCAAAAUGCAAGUGCGGCGCGACAACUUUCCGGCGGUAUUCCCGCAUUUCAAGGAGCUGCUGGAGACAUGCGACUUCUACGCAAUGGAUGAGGAGAUGACGGGCAUCAACGUGCCGGAGGUGACAGAGUCGAUCACCUUUUCGCCUCAAGACGCGUACAACUCCAAGCGGCUGGCGGCGAGCCGCUACUCGAUUAUCCAAGUGGGUGUCUGUCUUUUUCGCAAAGUGCCGUCGUCGUCGUCCUCUGUCGCGCACUACGUUGCGCACCCGUUCAAUUUCCUGCUCUUCCCGCAAUUCAAGGACGACUACACGGCCGAGGAGCGGGCCGGCGAUGUCGUGGUGAGCCCGUCCGCCCUGGCCUUUCUUCGCAAACACGGGAUGGACUUUCAGAAGUGGGUGUAUCAAGGUAUGGCUUUCUGCGAUGGGCCGCGGGAGGCGGCGCUGCGGGCUCGGCUGGCAGCACAGGAUGAAGCCAAGGGUACUGCGCCGUCGAGCCAAGUCGCAGCCGCAGCCGCAGCCGCAGCAACUCCACUAUUCACCGAUGCGGAGAAGGCGUGGGUGGAGGAGGGGCAAAAAGCGGCGGCGGCACUCGUGAGCCGUGUGGAGUCAUCGUGGGCGGCCGCGGUGUCCGCCAGCGCCGGCAGGCGGCCCUUCCUGUCGUCGAUUGAGGUGGCAGGCGGCAAGGAGGCGGUGCUGCCGGUGCAGACAAGUCGCGCGGCGCGUGAGCACUUGGGGGUGUUGCUUCAGCGAGACUUCCCGCAGCUGUCUUUCCGUGCGCGCCGCGCCGGCCCGAGCGGCUAUGUGGUGACGCUGGUCAUGCUGUCGCCAGAGGAGGUAGCGAAGCAGGCGUGGCUGACGGGGCAGCGCAGCGAGCGUCGCCUGCUCGACACGCUUGGCUUUCGGCUUGUCUUCUCGGAGCUGGUGCGCAGCAAGAAGCCGUGUGUGGGACACAACUGCUUUGCGGACUGGCUUUUCCUGAUGCACGCGAUGGACGGCGCGCUGCCCGAGCAGCUGCCGCAGUGGAAAGAGCGGGUGCGUGCGUUGUUUCCGCGCCUGUGGGACACGCGGUACGUUGCGUCACGGCAAGAUUUGUUUCCGCGCGGCCGCUUCGGGUCGAUCAGCCUGGGCGGCUUGUACGAGGCCUACGUCGGGGCGUCGCCGCACUGCAUGGUGGAGUUGCCGCUCGGCUUCGAGGGCUACGAUCCGAUGACGCUGCUGGGGACGUCGACGGCCGGCGGCAGCGGGAGUGACCCGGCGCACGAGGCAGGCUACGAUGCGCUCAUGACGGGAACCGUUCUGCUCAACCUACUGGCGGAGGCGGGUUAUACGCUCGGCACGGCGCCGGCCGACCUGUCGAACAAGAUCGCACUUUUCCGCUCCCUUUACGCAGUGAAUGUCGAGGAGGGGCAUGCGGACGAGUACAUGCCGGAGAUGGGUGUGCUGGACAUGCAGCACGCACCUUCGAUCAAGGCGCACCACCUGGAGUCGUGCUUGGCGACACAGGGUGUGACGGAUGUCGCGUUCUAUUCGGUCACAGAUGAGCGCACGCUGGGGGUGCUGCCGACGCCGUCUUCCGCCGCGGCGCCCGUGGUGACGGUGGAGACGGUUGUGCAGCGCUUGGCGGAGAACUGCUCGAGCUUGCUGACCGCGAAAGCGUACGUGCCGCCGCAUCUGAGCUCUGCACCGACGUCGUCCGCGCCACCUCCUUCGCCUGCCACCUUUCCGAUGCCUGCUGUGGGUGCCGCUGGCGGCUUUCGUUGCACCAUGCAGCGCCUGAUGCCACGCAAUCCGGCUGCUGCGUUUUUCAGAUUGCGACGACUGUGA